AUGGGACGAAUGGACGUGUCCUCGGCAUUUAGAUUGAUACCAUUACAUCCCGAUGAUUUUGAUUUAUUUGGUUUUAAAUUUGAUGAUAAUUACUUUUUCCAAAAAGCAUUGCCAAUGGGGUUAGCGGCUGCUUGUAAUUUGUUUGAAAAGUUUGCCACUUUUGUUGAAUGGUUGGUUAGGUUGAGAUCGGGACAAGAAUCUGUGGAGCAUUAUCUGGAUGAUUUUUUCUUUGUCGGGAAAGUAGAUUCAAACAAUUGUUUAAUACUUAUGAAUUCUUUUUAUGAUGUUUGUACCGAAAUGGGCAUUCCUCUAGCGGAAGAAAAAACUACUGGUCCAUCCAGUAAAAUAACUUUUCUGGAUUUAGAAAUUGACACUAUAAACAUGGUUAUAAGAAUUCCGCUUGAUAAGUUGAGAGAAACAAAGAAAAAAUUGUCCUUCAUUUUAAAAAGUAAAAAGGUUACGCUAAAAGCGUUACAAUCACUAGUUGGUUUAUUGAAUUUCUGCGCAAGAGCAAUUCCUGCAGUGAGAGCUUUCAAUAGACGCUUUUGUGACGCAAUGUGUGGAGUAGUUAAACCAGAACAUUUUAUUCGAGUUUCUGUUAGCAUGAAAGAGGAUAUACAUAUGUGGUUAACAUUUUUAGAUUUAUUUAAUGGAAGUUGUAAAUUUGGUAAAAAUAUCUGGCUGACAAAUGAACAGUUAAAUUUGUACACUGAUAGUACAGGAAAUUCCAAACUUGGAUGUGGAGUAUAUUUUUCCGGAAAAUGGGCAUACUUUGAUUGGCCCGUUAAAUGGCAUGAAACAGAAAUAAUGAAAGAUAUGACAUUUUUAGAACUUGUACCAAUACUAUUGGCCAUAUAUCUUUUUACGUUCGAAUUGAGAGACAAACAAAUUAUGUUUCACACAGAUAACUGUUAUUUGGUUGCUAUUUUGAAUAAAAAAUCAUCAAAAUCGAAACGAGUUAUGCAGUUGGUUCGACCGCUCGUAUUGCAAACAAUGGUGUAUAAUAUGCAAUUUAAAGCAUGCUUUAUCGAAGGACGUCUCAACUGCAUAGCAGAUGCAAUUUCUCGUAAACAGUGGGAAAGAUUCAGAAGCAUAGAUCCAGCGGCAGAUCCAUUACCAACACCAAUACCACGAGAUUUUCUGAGGCUGAUAUCGAUGUUGAAAUUAACAAACUAG